AUGCUAUUGCGAGAUCGCAACAGUCGUCGAGCUCUCGAUGAUACAACGCAGAAUCCACUGGUCACUACUAUCUUUGCCAAAUCAAAAGACUGGUCACUUCGAGUCAGAGAGUGGUGCACAUCGUCGUACCGCACCUGUGAUGUAGGCGAACACGAACCAAAAUGGGUAUCCGCUCGGCGAUCCAACCUUACAAACUGCGCAUUCUACCGACUGCCAGAGGAGCUGGUAUUGCUGAUCCUGGGCGACUUGGAUAAUGCAACAAAAGGUAUCGCCCAGCGUACCUGUGGACUAUUCAUGAGAAUCAUGUUUGAUCCGAUACUAGACUGCAGGACGCCUAGAUGGUGGAAGCGUGGAUAUUCAGCGCUAUUCUACGUUACGCCUCUGCAGCCUCAACUUGUACUACCGGACCGGCAUCUCUUGGAUCGGGACCGAUUCUGUAAUGAUUGUCUCAAGUUCCGAGAGGAUGGGAGAUACGAUAACGCUAUAAAGGCGCUGCAGAGUACUCUCUGGUGCUCCUACUGUAACGAGUCUCAUAAGCGUCCCCUGUUCUCAUUACGGCAGAGAGCAGCCUCCCCGGCGACACGAGUCUGUGUUUUGGCCGAAGGAAGGGCACAGAUCUGCAAUCACGAGUCUAUAGGAUCCAGUUGGCUCAUGGAUCCGAAGCCCAUCCCUUCAACCAAGGCGCCACACCAACUAUGCCGACACCCCGAUCAUUACCUGUCUUGGUAUACCUGGUGGAAACUCUCAUGGGCAAACCCUUUUGAGUACGAGCUCAUCAUACAUGGAAAGCCUCAUUUGAAUCUUUUCUUCCACUAUACCGGCUCUCCUGGAAUCAGUUCUCAAGCAACAAUCCUCUUGUUCAAGCUUCACCACCAGACUCCUGUGACCCGGGCGUUCUUACAGGAACGACUGAUAGCAAAUGCACAUAUACUGGGGAAAAUGCUCUGUCCACAUAUCACGGUCGACGACGGGCAGCUGCUACUACCAUUCUGCCCGGACCGUUGCGCGUGCUUCGACACUAUGCGAUGGAAUAAUCAUCGUUGUACCACUUACAAAAACCACUGCUGCGGCUGUACCGCCGCCGAUUUCCGGGGCCGAGUAGGAUAUUUCCUACCAACAUCUUCACUUCAUCAACACGACUAUAAAUGUAGCGUUUGCGAUGCUAUUUAUAGCUGGCGUCGCCAUGGCUCGGCUGUUACUAUCACGAUACACGCUCUGAGGCGGUUCAACAUUCAUCACUCAGGCCGCCUGCGUAAAGGUUAUCCGCCACGAUCUUGCUGGGAAUGUAAGAUUCAUCCUGAGUCUUGGGGGAUCUUAGAGGACGAUGAACUCCGCCAUGUUGCGUGGUGCGACGAUAUAUUCUGCGCAUCCCGGUGGAGAUGGGUACAGCUAUCGCAGCUAUUAUUAGACGUAUAG